GGUGACAUAUUGAAGCAGGCAGAAUUACUCGGAAUCCUGUCCUGUUGUUCAAGUACAUGAAAUGCUCCGUUUGCAGCAGCAGCAGCACAUAGCAGGGAGGAGCGUCCUUAAGAGCAGCCAGGCACCUGGUUGGUUCAGAUUUGCGUCAGUUUCAGCCCAUGACAAUUUGGUAUUCUGUGGAGGUUUUAUUCCAGGAUAAUGACAAAGGACUGCUUCGCUCCCGGCCCUGGCAUGCAAAGUUAGUCAACCUGAUCUGUGCAUAGAGGCAUUAUCCCUGUGUGGUGUGUCGAAUCAGCUGGUCAGCAUGAGUCCAGGGCAUCCAGGCAGCAUUACAUUAUAAGGUCUGCACCUACAGCCAUAUGUCUCUUCAACGAGUGAAGCCAGUCAAGGAGAAAUCAGGAGACCAGUCCCCAGCCAUGGAAGGGGCGGUGCAGCUUCUGACCCGGGAGGGCCACAGCAUCUCCCAUAAUUCAAAGCGGCACUACCACGAUGCCUUUGUCUGCAUGAAUAGAAUGCGCCAACGGGGGCUCCUGUGUGACAUUGUGCUCCAUGUUGGAACUAAGGAAAUUAAGGGCCACAAAGUGGUGCUGGCAUCCUGCAGCCCUUAUUUCCAUGCUAUGUUUACAAAUGAGAUGAGUGAGAGUCGACAGACUCACGUGACGUUGCAUGACAUUGACCCACAAGCACUGGAACAGCUGGUACAAUAUGCGUACACAGCAGAAGUAGUGGUGGGAGAAGGCAAUGUGCAAACUCUGCUCCCAGCCGCCAGCCUCCUGCAGUUGAAUGGAGUGAGAGACGCCUGCUGCAAGUUCCUGCUCAGCCAGUUGGACCCCUCAAACUGCCUGGGAAUCCGCAGCUUUGCAGAUACACACUCCUGCAGCGACCUGCUGAAGUCUGCACAUAAGUACGUCCUGCAACACUUUGUAGAGGUGUCAAAGACUGAGGAGUUCAUGCUUCUGCCUUUAAAACAGGUGCUGGACCUCAUUUCCAGUGACAGUCUGAAUGUUCCUUCAGAGGAGGAGGUGUACCGAGCUGUCCUGAACUGGGUCAAACAUGAUGUGGAUGGAAGGAGACAACAUGUUCCCCGGCUAAUGAAGUGUGUGCGGCUCCCCUUGCUGAGCAGGGAUUUCCUAAUGAGCAGUGUGGAUACCGAGCUCCUUGUGCGUCAUCACUCGGAGUGUAAAGACCUGUUGAUUGAGGCCCUCAAGUACCACCUGAUGCCAGAACAGCGGGGAGUCCUAAGUAACAGCCGAACCCGACCGAGGCGCUGUGAGGGGGCGAGUACUGUGCUCUUUGCAGUAGGUGGUGGCAGUCUGUUUGCCAUACAUGGUGACUGUGAAGCUUAUGAUACCCGUACUGACCGGUGGCACAUGGUUGCUUCUAUGUCUACAAGAAGAGCCCGAGUGGGUGUCGCAGCUAUUGGAAAUAAACUCUAUGCAGUGGGAGGAUAUGAUGGAACGUCGGAUCUUGCUACAGUGGAGUCUUAUGACCCUGUAACUAACACUUGGCAGCCAGAGGUUUCUAUGGGAACCCGGCGUAGUUGUCUCGGAGUCGCUGUACUUCAUGGAUUGUUGUAUGCAGCAGGCGGAUAUGAUGGUGCAUCCUGUUUAAACAGUGCAGAGCGUUAUGACCCCCUCACAGGCACAUGGACAUCCAUAGCUGCAAUGAGCACCAGGCGUAGAUAUGUCCGUGUGGCAACGCUAGAUGGUAAUCUUUAUGCAGUUGGCGGGUAUGACAGUUCAUCUCACUUAGCCACAGUGGAAAAGUAUGAGCCACAGAUAAACACUUGGACUCAAAUUGCUAACAUGCUGAGCCGCCGCAGCAGUGCCGGAGUGGCCGUACUGGAGGGCAUGCUGUACGUAGCAGGCGGGAAUGAUGGCACAAGCUGUCUAAACUCUGUGGAGAGAUAUAACCCAAAGGCAAACACAUGGGAGAGUGUGGCACCCAUGAACAUUAGAAGAAGCACGCAUGAUCUUGUCGCGAUGGAUGGGUGGCUUUAUGCAGUAGGAGGCAAUGAUGGAAGCUCGAGCCUGAACUCCAUCGAGAAAUACAACCCGCGUACCAACAAGUGGGUAGCAGCAUCCUGUAUGUUCACCCGGAGGAGCAGCGUGGGGGUAGCAGUGCUAGAACUUCUCAACUUUCCUCCUCCCUCUUCCCCUACUCUCUCCGUAUCCUCAACCAGCCUCUGACAAAGAAUCAGGUCCAUCACAUCAAGGAGAAGCCCACAGAGUCUACCAUAGAUGAGGAGCCAAACACUCGUUUCGCUGUUCUAGGGGGCUUCUUCUCAGGACAUGCCAUUUUUCAAUGUAUCUUCAUCACUGCUGAAAAGGCCUGCAUCCCAUUGCAAAGGUACCUCUUUGCCACUUAAAGACUUUAUCAAAGACCCACCAGCAGCAGAUGGGGUAGUACAAUUCUGUCUAGUGGUCGGGAAAGUGUUUUUCUGUACGCUGUAGCAUCCUGCAAGUCUCUGCAUCAGGGAAGAUGGCAAUCUUUUUCUGUAUUGCACUGCAUUGUUCUCUCAAGCAGCAGAAGGGGUUAAAUCAUCCUUCCUGUAUUAAUUCAUUGACACAAAUGAUGAUCAAGAAUAGACGUCCUUUGCACUUUAGACUCUGGCCCAUCUGUGAUUAGAAAAAUACCUUUGAAAUACAGGUCAUGGAGUGAAGAUGUUUUUUGAGCAAAGAAAAAAAAACUGUUGAAUCUUUGAAUGCAUUCAGGUUAUGAAAUGUAAUAUCUUGUAAUGUCCUCACUGGACUGGUAUGAAGUGCCAUGGCCAUAUUACAAAUAGGCACUAUCAUUUUUAUUUAUUUUUGCUUCUUUCCCUUUUUUAGCCCCAGCUUUACUGUUUAACAAGUACAGUACCACGAGUCAUCAUUGACAGGAUUAAUUAUUAUUUAUAAAAUAAUCAUGCCCUGGUCUACACUGAAACAAAUUUCUAUUUUAGAGAAACAAAAUACAGCAUUUUAUAGCUGCGAGAGGAAAGUUUCCAUUCCUUGACAGGAAUUCAGUGUUUCAAGGCAAUAGCAUGUAUCGUAACUCCACCUAUUGGUAGGGUUUUGUAACACUGAUUACGAAGUGGUUGAAAGUGAAAAAAAAAAAAAAAAAAAAAAAAAACUGCCCUUUUAUAAAGCAGCAUUGUAUUAACAAAUGGAAAAGUUCACACUGAGGGUGAAUUACAAACGCAGUAUCCCACAGCAACCAAUGAAUUACAAACUUUAAUUGA